AUGUCGCAGACUGGACCUGCGUCUCGCCAUGCCUCACGCCGCUCUUCGAGGUCACCAGCGGGAGACGAACAAGUCUCGCCCUCCUCGACUCGGUACGGGCAACCCGGCGCUCGUGACACGCGUCAGGACUUGAGCAGCGUCCCGUACACAAAUGGGGAGAACAGGGCGCAUCAGGUUCAGCCGAGGACUUUGGGUGUUCACAACAUCCUCAACCCUCUGGAGCCCCAGCUGCUCAGUUCAGGGGCCAGCGGUCAUCUCCAUACAGCAGUUCGACCUCAUGACGGCGAGUUACCGGCCGUAACUCCUGGGUCAACUCCUGGACCUUUCCCAGCAGCGCGACUGUUCCCAGCUGCUCAACCUGCUUCGAUCUCGCUUCCGGGCACGCCUGUUGGGCCUCUGACGCCCCUCGGUGGUCCUUCAUCGGAACGCAACUCUCCAACCAUGGCAUUUCCUUUCCCUGCCGUGAACAACCCUAGGCGGAAACCCAGCCCAACUCAACCUUCUCGAGCCAUGAGUCUUAGCCAUGGACCACAAUCAAAUCGCGAUUCCGAAGUCCGCCAAUUACCCCCGCACAGUGUUUCCCCAGCUAAGCGGCCCUACGAAAGCGAAGUCCUGGAAGAGACUACCAGGUCUCACUUCCCAGGUCUGCAACAUCUUCCCGGCAUGCCCUCAGGUCCUCCCUCAGCAAUGUCGACUCCAGGACGAUCUCUCUCGCAGUCGGCAAUCCCUUCUCCAGGAUCACAGGCACCUCCCCCUAUCUUGCCACCAAGUACCGCUUCAGGUCGCCCGCAGCAACCUCCGAUGCCCCCGCAAGGGCCAUACCCUCCCAACAUGCAGGUUAAUCGACAAUUCCCAGGUGCAGGCCCUAAUGAGGCUUCCUCGCCAUGGACUGAAACAAUACGGAGGCACGGCAUGGGAAUGGGAGGUGCUCUAUUCGGUGUUGAAGGACAACAAGCUUUCAUGACUCUUCCAGGAAGCGAUACUCCGAUUGCCGUCCCAGUUGAUUUCUCUCAAGCAUCUAAGAAGGCAGACGAAAAGCGACAACGAAAUGCGGUGGCUUCAACAAGGCAUCGCAGGAAGAAGAAGAUCCUCCAGGAGGAGAAUACUAAACAAUUACAGGAGCUUCGGGACGAGAGGAGGAUGAUGGAAAUAAAGAUCGAGGAGUUGACACAGCAACGGGACUUUUACCGAGAAGAACGCAACCGAUUGAGAGACAUUGUCGCGCAAACACCGUCGAUUAGUGGCCUCGCGGUUGGGCCGCCAAGUCCUAAUUUUGCGAGCGGCUCUUUUACCGAUACGAGCUCGCUUCAACAGGGACCUCAAGGCUAUGGGGGAGAUCCUUCGACGGGCGAACGACCAGCACAGCGCCGGCGAACCGACGACCGACCCGAGUUCUCGAUACCGUCCUACGGAUCUCCUGCGAGCAUACACCCCGGAGCAUCUCCGAGCGGGCUACCACCUAUGCAAGGCCCUGGUUAUGGAGGCCCAUCACGGCCAUCGUCUGCAGCAUCAUCCACCAGCGGUGAAAGGCUCCCGCCGUUGAGGGCUAUGGACGGCAGGCCGCCACCUGUCCCGGGGCAAGGCCAGGUGCAAGAGCAGGAUCCUCGGACUGGCCAAUGGGUUUCAGUUCAGCCGCGUGUUCCAGAAACUGGGUGGGCAACUCGGGACGCGCACCGAAGAUGA